AGCAAAUAAAUUUUAAAACUUUCAAAAUUUACUCACGAAAAAGCUCUAGACUAUAUUUAAAAUUUUAAACAUAAAAAGGAUUUUCAAUAAGCAUUAUUUUAUUUGAAUUUAAUGAAUACCUCUCAUAAAUACUCAAAAGCUUAUGUAAGUGCUCUUAGAAGAAUGAAUCGCCCAUCUAGUUCAGAUUAAGCUUCUAGGAAUGCUUCAAUCCCAAAUUAAUAAGAUGCUGAACCAGUUAAAACUCAGUAAUAUGCAUAAGAAUAAACAAUUAAAAACUUUAUUGAUUCUCAAGAGCAUGAACUCAUGUCUACAGGGUACAAUAUGAAUGGUUCCAGAGUGUAUCUUGCCAGCUCUCAUAACUUUAAAUAAGAUCCUGAAAAAUAUAAGUCAUUUAAUCAAAGCUAAAGACCGUCAAGUGUAAGUAGAGUGAGCUAUAAUCGAUGCAAUACAGAUGGAGUAGACCCACUUGAAGCAAAUAAAGGAUUUUACUGUGUUAAUUAUAGGAGCAGAACAAGAUUUACUAAUAUUGGAAGCUCAAGAAAGAGAGCACUUAGUAGUGCUAAUGUAGCUUAAUCAACAAAUAUUGAAUAAAAUAAAAGCUAAGAAAGAAUGAGUCAGACAAAUACAAGCUUUUCUCCAAUGAAAUAAAGUGGAUAUUAUUCUACUAUGCCUCACCCUAUGAGUAGAUCUAUGAAUGAAAGCAGACUUCUAAAUGAACUUAAGAUGAAUGGUUCUAGAAUUUUCAAGUAAUAAGUUGGCUAAUUUAGAAGGAGACCACUUUAAUAAGGCUAAAGCGAGCCUGUUUGGGAUUUGAAUGAUGAAGAAAUGAAUUAGAGACUUAAAGAAUUAAGCUAACCAAAGUAAAUUCUUAUGAGGAACUUCCCAGUGUGUAUUGUUGGAGGAAAUAAAAUAAUGAAUCUUUAAGAUCCUAAAUCAAAAGAGUUUAUAUAAAGAUUAAGUGAACCAAAAAAAUAUAUCCCUUGGCCUUAAUCUAGUUAAACUGAUAAAAUAUUUAAAUGCAAUGAUACCAAUUAGCUUGAAUAUUUAAAUAAAAUCAGUUUACCACGUAGAAUGGCUGACUUCGGACAUAAAAAGAAUUUCAGGUAUAAUUUCUGUAACUGUACAAACGGUGAUGACUAUGCAGAUGAAGGUAGAAAUAUGCAAGGUACCUAAUCAUCAAAUGGAUAUUUCAAAUUACAGUCUUUCUUCUAUUAAAAUUCAAAAGCAUAAGAUGAUGGAUUAUUUUAUCCUAAAAACUUAAACUGA